AUGGCGCUGUCGCUGGAGCACGAGCAAGAGCUACGCAAGGUCUUUGACGACUAUGACGAGGACGGGACCGGCGACAUUGACGCCGAAGAGCUCGGCAAGAUCGCCGAAGACCUCGGCGAGCCGCUCUCCAAGGAAGAGCUCGAGUACCUCAUCAUGGAGUUUGACGCGGAUGGCAGUGGCACGAUCGACUGGGAAGAAUUCAUUGCAUGGUGGAAGGUGCCCUUUUAACGCUUUAUCAAUAUACCUUAUACUGCGGAA